GGAAUUGAGACCUGAGAAUCAAAUGUUGUAUUCUUCACAUCAUACUUUGGAAUCUUUAUUUCUUUUUAUGUCUGAUUCUGAACCAAAGUGCGAUUUAGGAACCUUGUCAAUCGAAAUUCCAAGCUGUGUUAUUUCUGGUGGUGGGAGAGUCACCCCAUCCUCCGCCGCAGAAAUCCCACCCACUCCCAUCUCUUUCCUUCUCUUCCAGUCAAUACUGAAUCUUACUUCAACCCUUCAAUAAAUUUUAAGAUAACUUGUUCGAAGUGAUGAACUCAUGCCUAUUUGAAACAAAACAAACAACGCAUGCUGAACUGGGAAAAGAAUGAAAAGAUUUAGACUUUCCCACAUGAAUCACUAAUUGGACAAUUUGAAUAGAAUUUCUGCAUUUAUUUGGAUUCUUUAGGGCCAAAGAACUGAGAGAGAGAGAGAGAGAGAGAGAGAGAGAGAGAGAGAGGUGGAAGUGGUUGGCAAUGGGGAAACAAUCCGAGAAGUUUUCUGCAGAUUUUGUAAUGGGAGGAAUGGCGGCAUUGGUAGCAAAGAGCGCGGCAGCACCUAUUGAAAGAGUAAAGCUCUUGUUGCAGAAUCAAGGGGAGAUGAUAAAGAGAGGACAGCUUAAGAAACCUUACAAAGGUGUCGGUGAUGGGUUUAAAAGGGUUUUUAGAGAGGAAGGCGUGUGUGCCUUUUGGAGAGGCAACCAGGCCAAUGUUAUUCGGUACUUCCCUACUCAGGCUUUCAACUUUGCAUUUAAAGGUUACUUCAAAAGCUUUUUUGGCCGCUCAAAAGAGAAAGAUGGAUACAUAAAGUGGUUUGCUGGAAAUGUGGCUUCAGGAAGUGCUGCUGGAGCAACAACUUCAUUAUUUCUAUAUCAUCUGGAUUAUGCACGUACACGGCUAGGAACUGAUGCAAGGCAGGGUGGAGUUAAUGGACGACAACAAUUUAGAGGGCUUCUAGAUGUUUACCGUCAAACCUUGUCAACUGAUGGAUUAGUGGGACUCUAUCGAGGUUUUGGGGUUUCCAUUAUUGGAAUUACACUGUACCGAGGCAUGUACUUCGGGAUCUAUGACACCUUGAAGCCUAUUGUUUUGGUUGGACCUUUAGAGGGAAACUUUUUGGCUAGUUUCUUUCUUGGUUGGAGUGUCACAACAGUUUCUGGGAUCUGUGCCUAUCCAUUUGAUACUCUUCGGAGGAGAAUGAUGCUUACCUCAGGACAUGCCACAAAGUAUCGCAAUGGCUUACAUGCAUUUCGGGAGAUUGUCCACCUUGAGGGCCUCACAACACUGUUCCGAGGAGUUACUGCAAAUAUGCUGGUGGGAGUUGCUGGGGCUGGUGUACUAGCAGGAUAUGAUCAGCUGCAAAGCCUUGCAUAUAAACAUGGUUAUUCUGUUGAGCCAAAUCAAAAAGUUGUGAAGCGAUAAUCAGGACAUGGCAUAUGCACGGUUAUUUUUUGGAUCCGUGAUAAAUAAUUUUUUAGUGAAAGUGCAGACUUUGGCAUACAGACACAGUUGUUCUCUUGAGCCACAACAGGGUUUUGAAGUGAAUGCCUGAACAUGAAAGCUCUAUACCAGUGUUACUACUUCUGUUGAUUCAUACUUACAAAAGAUUUUUCUCAGAAAUGAAGAAAAGGAAAGAAGAAAAUAAUUAAACAUGGCCAAGAAAGGUUGUUCACCUAUUGGCACUGCUUCUUCCUGGAAUCUCCAAAGGCUUACAUGUAUAUUCUUUGUACAGUUGACCAAUGAUAUUCCAAUUAUUCAUUUAUUUCAAUUGCAAAUUAUUUUUCCACUG